AUGUGUGGUGCAGGAGCAAUUGCGCCACCCGGCCUAACGGGCUGCACUGGCUGGGAGACUGUAUCUGCGCGGGCCCAGGAGGAACGCAGCAGUCGAGCUACAUUUGGUUCUACAACGCCUACACAUCUUACGCGAACGUUUUACAUUCCCCGACACGAUGAGACCACAUCGAAUAUUUCCAUCUUCGAUAUCAGCUCUCAAUAUACAGAAACUGUUGGGCGCCAAAAGAUAGGGUCAGCGUCAUAUAUUGUGUCUUUGGCCACGAUGCCAAAACCGCAAGAAAACGGCACUGGGCUUAUGGCCGCGUAUGAUGGUACAUGUAUGUACAAAGUGAGCUUUAGGAACACGGUGGGCGGCAGUGAUGUGGCAAUCUUGAAAUCGAUAUCCGUGGCCUCGCAGUCAAGUUCAGCUACCCAGCCACCAACAGAGGCAUUCAUUGCUGCUAUAAUUAUCAUGAGCAACCACGACGGAAAUGCAGCUACAGCGGGAAAAGAGACCACAGUGUCUAUAUCAUACCCAAUAUCGCCAACAAGAUUCCAGAGAACGCUUUAUGUGCAUCCUUAUUUUGCGUUCCAAAGUCCCGAAGAUAUAAGUAUAUCUUUUGAAUGGCAAAUGCACCCACUCUCACAUGGACGGUUACGGUAUACUCUUGCUCGUAUCUCGCGGGCGCGACCGGUCGAUGAGUCAGCAAAACCUGUCACCCCCUCGGACGAUGAUAUUCUUGCUAUCUACCACGAUAUCGGGAAAGGAAUCUCUCUUCCACUAUCACAAAACGAGGGCGUUCUUCUCAUAUCAUCUGUUGUGGGCCCAGAACUUGAGAAUAUCGUCGUGCUAAGUGCCUUGGGAAUGCUUUGGCAGCUACGUCGGUUGAUCAAGAUCGGGAAAGGUGGUGGAAUAUUGAGCAAGAUUUCGAAGAACAGACCAUUCGACUUACUAAAGUGA